AUGGACAUAUUACAGUACACAGAGAGGAAGGGAGUGCCUGCUUGGCAUGGGCACCACAUCCCAAUCACAGUACCUCAGACUGAGACAUUCCUCUACGGUCCUAUGGCAAAGAGAAAACAGCUAUGGGUCCCUUUGAUUGAGAAGGCAGUGGCAAAGCUGCAUGGCUGCUACGAAGCACUGAUUUCUGGACGUGCCAUUGAAGGAUUAGCCACUCUAACUGGGGCUCCAUGUGAGUCCCUGUCUCUCCAGCCAUCUUUGGGGUCUUCUGAGGAGAUAUUGGAGCCUGAUCUCAUCUGGGCCCAGCUGGUCUCCAGCCGUGAAGCUGGGUUUCUCAUGGGGGCCUCAUGUGGUGGAGGAAAUAUGAAAGUCUGUGAUGAAGAAUAUCGACAGAUGGGUUUGAGGCCCAGACAUGCUUACUCAGUGCUGGAUGUGCAAGAUGUGAAAGGGGAGCAGUUGCUUCGCAUGAGAAACCCAUGGGGUCAUUUCUCUUGGAGAGGAGAUUGGUCCGAUGAGUGUACAAGAUGGACCAAUGAGCUGAGACAAAAGUAUAUGCCUCAUGGAGCAGGAGAGGGAGUGUUUUGGAUUCCUUUCAAGGAUGUCCUCAGGUAUUUUGAUUGCAUCGAUAUCUGCAAGGUGCACAAUGGCUGGAGUGAGGUGCGAUUGCAGGGGCUGCUUCCACCAUGCACAUCUAGUUCCCAUUCAUCUGUUAUCAUCCUCACUGUCCUUGAGUCUACUGAGAUGGAGCUGACUCUCUUCCAAGAGGGACAGCGGUACUUUCCAUUUUCUUAUUCAGGUGCAUGCUACAAAACCCCAAAUAUUCCUGACCUCAUCAGUGCCAUUUCCACCAAACUGAAUGCCAUUAGCUUGGAUAUGUGCCAGAAAACAGUGAAUGACUUCCCCCAAUGA